GCAGAGAAGUCGGCUCUGCAUUGACACAGCCCAGAGAUGUCGCCUGGAAAGUGGCUGCCUCUCUGGCUAGCAUGGAUGGGGGCUUUGGUAGCCCUGGGGCAACAAGAUAAGCCAAGGUUGCUGAUGGUCGCCCCCAGUGUGGUGCCUGUGGGGGCAGAAGUGGCAGUUGUGCUGCAGCUGGAGGGACCCGUUUCUGCACUCUCCGGCAUGGUCUAUUUCCAGAAUGAGAAUGCCAUGCAGAAUCCGAGAUGCUCUACAGAGCAGCCUUUUAAUCUUCAGCAGCCCAACAAUGUCUUGCAAAGAAUUACGCUGAAGGUGACACAUGAACUCUUCUAUCAAUGUGGACUCUCUCACCAGAAAGGGGAGAGGUACAUCCAGCUGGUGGCCAGCAGCAAACAACCCAACCAUGUUCAAACGCUCAACCUGCGUUGGAGUGCCCGGCGAGGAUAUCUGUUAGUGCAGACUGACAAGCCCAUCUAUACCCCUCGGCAAAAAGUGAAUUUCCGAGUCUUUGCCCUGGACCACAAGCUGCGGCCCAGCACUGAACCUGUUGUCAUCACUGUGCAGAACCCACGGGGUUUUCAGGUCCGGAAAGAUCAGCGUGUCGCAGUUAAUUUUGUCAUCAGCGAUCACAUGGCCAUCCCGGAUAUCUCGGAGCCUGGCAUCUGGCGUAUCACAGCCCAGUUCGCCAACACUUUGGAUUCCAACACCACCACGGAGUUUGAGGUGAAAAAAUAUGUGCUUCCUAAUUUCGAGGUGACGAUUGUUCCAGAACGGAAAUAUAUCCUCCUUUCUGGACAGCAGGACUCUGAAUUGCGAAUCGAUAUUCAGGCUAAAUUUUUCUAUGGGAAGGGAGUCACUGGGACAGCCUAUGUGAGAUUUGGAGUAAGCGAUGACAACGGAGCAAAAACUUAUAUCCCUGGACUGGAGAAACAAGUCUCGGUAAUCAAUGGCCAUGGCUCGGUAUCUCUGAAACGCAGCCUCCUGUCGGAAAAACUGGGGCGUCCUCUGCAGGACCUAAUAGGAACAGCGCUCUACAUUGCGGCCACUGUCAUAGAGACAGCAAGUGGCGAGCUGGAGGAACAGGAACUCGCUUCUGUGAAAUUUGUGAAUUCUCCAUAUUUACUGGACCUGUCCAAAACCAAGCGGUAUUUUGUGCCGGGGGCACCAUUCGAAGUGCUGGCUACUGUUUCACUCUCAGAUGGCACACCUGCCCCCCAACUCCCAGUCCAUUUCUCCACCCAGAUAACUGGAGGACCAUCCCCUGACAACACUGCAGUGGACACCAGUGACCAUGGUGUUGUGACAUACAGGAUCAACAUCCCCUCUGGAGCAACAACAGUCACUUUUAUGAUAACGGCGGGAACAGAGUCUCCAGCUGAAGCCACUCUUACUGCCACAGUCAUGAAGUCCCCAAAAGGCAGAUACUUGAUCAUCGACAGCCCAAAACACCUAGACUUGAACCCUGGAGAGACUCUCAAUUUGGGGCUGAAACACGUCGGACCAGAGGACUUCUCCAACUUCUACUACAUGGUUUUGAACAAAGGGGAUAUUGUCUCUGCCAGCAGUGUGGCUCGUGGCUCCUUUACUGUGGUCCCCGUCCGCAUCACCCCCAACCUGAUGCCGGCGUUUCGAUUUGUGGCCUUUUACCGCGCGGGAGACGAAGUUGUGGCAAACUCUAUUUGGGUGGAUGUUGUUGACAGCUGUGAAGGGAAGCUGCAUCUCAGCACAUCAGGAAACACAGAUCAGCUGCGACCCCAGGACAUCCUGAAACUCACCGUCACCACUGACGAGAGAUCUUCUGUCUCUCUAGCUGCUGUGGACACGGCUGUCUAUGCCCUCAAUCGGAAGAAUCGCCUCACUCAGGGCAAGGUUUUCCAAGCCAUGGGAAGUUAUGAUCUUGGCUGCACAGCUGGCAGUGGGGAAAACUCCCUCGGUGUUUUUACUGAUGCUGGACUCUCCCUCCGUGCGGGGAACCUGAACAGCCCACUCCGAAAAGCUCACGGGUGCAAUGUAGACGUUUCCCGGAAGAAGCGUUCUUUGGAGAUCCAAGUCCAACUCCAGGAGAAGCUUUCCAACUAUUCAGCCUCCCAGUUUCAGAGCUGCUGUCGGGACGGCAUGGUGCUGAUCCCCAUGCCCUUGUCAUGCGAGCAGAGGGCCAAGCGGAUCGAAGGAGAGUGCCGUGACGCCUUCCUCGACUGUUGUCGAUACGCAGCUGAACUGCGACGCAAGUCUGGAGGAAACCGUGGUCUUGCUCGGACUGAAGCUGAAGAGGAGGAAGAGGAUUUCUUUGAUGAAGACUUCAUUCAAGUCCGGAGCUUUUUCCCUGAGAGCUGGCUGUGGAAAACAUACACCAUGGAGAAGACAAAGACGGAAACCAUACCGCUUCCUGACUCCAUCACCACCUGGGAGAUACAGGCAGUGAGCAUGUCAGCUGGGAAAGGGAUCUGCGUCUCAGAACCUCUCCGCCUUAGAGUCUUCCAAGAUUUCCACAUCUCUCUGAGGCUGCCGUACUCAGUGAAACGGUUUGAACAGAUAGAGAUCCGUCCAGUUUUGUACAAUUACCAGCCUGUUCCAAUCAAGGCCUUAGUACAUCUGGAGCCUGCUGAGGGCAUCUGCUCUCCAGCCACUGUGGGCCCAGCAAGGAAGCAGCAGGUGGAUGUGCCAGCGAACUCGGCAGUCCCUGUCCCAUUUGUUUUGGUACCCAUGGGAACAACCCACAUCCCCAUCACUGUUGUUGCUCAUGGCGGCUGGGGGGCUGGGGACAAGGUGACAAAGCUGCUACGGGUUGAGAGAGAGGGUGCCAUUCAGGUAGAGGAAUACACCAUCCCCCUGGAUAUUACAGAUGGCCAUUCCAAAUCUGUGGUGAUUUCAGGAGAGAUGCCCUCCAAUACCCUUCCUGAUGGGGACUUCAAAAUGAACGUUCGAUUGACAGGAUCAGUGCCAGCUGACACUCUGGAGAGUUCUCUCUCGCCUGAGGGCCUGUCGUCGCUGCUGCGAGUUCCACAGGGAUGUGCUGAGCAAACCAUGGUCUAUCUGGCCCCGGGGGUCUCUGCCAUGCGCUACCUGGACCAGACAGAGCAGUGGCUAAAAUUGAAACCAGAGAGCAAAGAAAAGGCACUGGAGAAUCUUCGCACAGGCUAUGAACGAAUCCUCACUUUCCGGAAAUCAGACGGAUCUUAUGGAGCUUGGAUCAAAACUCCGAGUAGUACCUGGCUGACAGCUUUUGUGGUGAAAGUUUUGUCUCUGAGCCGUGAGUACCAGGCAGUGGAUGAAGCCAAGACCCGUGAGUCAGUGCAGUGGCUGCUGGGAAAACAAAAGCCCAAUGGCUCCUUCCACGACCCAAACCCCGUCUAUCACCGGGAGAUGCAGGGCGGUGUUGGUGGCCUUCAUGGAGGUGUCUCACUUACAGCAUUUGUUACCAUCGCACUUAAACAGGCAUUGGUCAUGUAUGAAGGACAGGAGUCGGAGAAGGAGGAACAGCUCAGACAAGUGAAACAUCGCCUCUCUCAAGCCACCUCCUUCCUGGCCCGCUCACUGGACAAUCCAUCCCUGGGUCCCUACCCUGUCGCUAUCUCCAGUUACGCCCUCUCGUUUGCUUCGGACAACCGGUCGGCCAUCGCUGCUGCCGACGCCCUCCUGAAGAGACUCGCCACACAGAACGAAAACAACACCGAGAUGUACUGGGACGUGGAGGACCGGGGGCGACUGCGAGGGGAGAGCCGCUCUGACCGGGUGCCGUCAGCCUCAGCCAUCUCAGUGGAGGCCACAGGCUAUGGGCUCCUCCACUUAGUGAAGCAAAAAGACAGAGCAUCAGCUGAGAAAGUAUCUAAAUGGCUGACAGAGCAGAGGAAUUAUGGCGGAGGCUUCAAAUCAACACAGGACACUGUGGUGGCUCUGGAGGCUCUGUCCCAAUAUUGGAUCAGCACCUUUGACAACGAGGAGGACAAUGAACUGAAAGUGACCUUCUCCAGUCCCGGGAAAAUCUUGCCGAGACAAAUCUCCUUGGGGAGGUCGAAUGACCCUGCCCAGGAAGAGCUGCAGUUUUCCUUGGGAAGUAACAUCCGUGUCAAGGUGGAAGGGAAAGGAAAAGGGACAUUGACUGUCCUGAAGCAAUUUCAUGUCAUGGCUGUGCAGAACACCUCCUGCCAAACUCUUGGCUUAGAGGUGAAAGUGAGUGGCUCGGUUCGCCGUGAUGCAAGACUGAUGGAUUACUAUUAUGAGUAUGAAGACUAUACAGCUGGAGAAGCAAGGCCACCGUCACUGCCUGCUGACCAGCCGCUCUCGCCUAUCCAGUUAUUUGAUGCCCGCCAGCGCCACAGGAGGGAAGUCAAAGGUCCUGACCAGCAGCGAAGAGAUGUCACCUAUGAUGUCUGCAUCUGGAGACAACCAGGGGCCCGUGUCUCAGGCAUGGUCGUGGCUGACAUCACCAUGCUGAGCGGCUUCCAACCAGACCAAGAUGACCUUGAAAAGCUGCGAGAUCUCGCCGAUCAAUACAUCAGCCAUUGGGAGAUCCAUGGACAUCGGCUGCUGCUGUACUUUGACACGGUGCCUGGUACAGGACGGGAAUGUAUUUCCUUUGGAGCAAAACAGCUGGUCCCUGUGGGGAAACUCCAGCCAGCAAGUGCUUCCCUCUAUGACUUCUAUGAACCUGAGAAGCGCUGCAACAUCUUCUAUGGUAUACACAACAAAGACCAGUUUGUGUCGGCAUUGUGCUCAGAUGAUGUCUGCCAAUGUGCUGAAGGUGCCUGCCCACGUUUGAAGCGACCUCUUGAAGCAAGCAUUACGGAAGGCGAUCGUAUGCAGUUUGCCUGUUACAGUCCCCGUGUACACUAUGCAUUCCGAGUUCGAGCAGAGCGUGAGAGCCAAGAAAGUGCCUUCCGUGUCUAUGAAGUUACCGUCCUGGAGCCUUUGCAGUUCACUGCAGACAUGGGCAUCUCCGUCAACCAGACCCGGCGUUUUGUGGUCCGUGCCGCAUGUCGGACGCGCUUGGCCCCCAACAGCGAGUAUCUUCUGAUGGGACGUGAUGGGGAAACUCGGGACCCUCAAGGCCGCCCCCAGUAUCUUCUGGAUUUGAACUCUUGGGUGGAGGAGAUGCCACUCCCCGCAAACUGCAGGGCCACGAAGAAUCGCAACAAGUGUAUCAGCCUUCAGGAUUUCAUCACUGCCUUCACUGAGAACGGUUGUCGGGUCUGAACCAAAGCACUGGAUCAGAACCCCCUCUGUGCGCCCUCUCUUUCCGCUCAUCACCCACCACUUUCUCUCUGAAUGGAACUACAGAUGCCAACGAUGCCUGUAUUGUUUUUCUCCUCUGAUGGUUUGCAUUUGAAGAGCUCUGAAUCCCAUCAAGGGACUAUCUAGGGUGGUAUUCGGUUGCCAACGGGAAGCUUAGAAGCAGAGCAUGGAAACUACCAUUUUCUCCUGUUGUUUGGUCCCAGCCUUUGUACAUGGUAUCAUGGCAGAGAGACCUGAUCAACAGGACACUUCUCAAACCUCAUCUUGCAUACAGUCUGUUUUACUGUGGGCUAAUAUCGUAAGAGAAAUGUACAUUCUUUUUUGUCAUUCUUACACCUUUAGUCUCCGUGUCAAACUGUCAUACAAUAAACAAAAUAAUAUUUUCA